CACACACUGAGUGAGCAGAGGAGUCGAACACAAGAAGAAGAAGAAGAAGAAGAAGAAGGAUCCCACAGUUCAGAGGACAGAUGGACCACAGCGGGAAGUGUAACAGGGCAGUGCUGGUCUCCGUGGGACAGUUUGACCCCGAGGUGAGGCUGAGGAGGAGGCCUGGAGCCAAGAGGGACACCAAGAGCCUCCACCGCACCCUCAGCAACCUGGGCUUCCAGGUGGACAUCCACAACGACCUGAGAAGUGAGGAGAUCUAUGAGCUGUUUCUGAAAGAGAGCCGGCGGCCCGUGAAGGACUGUUUUCUGGCCGUCUUGUCGUCUCACGGGGACGAGGGCCACGUGUUCGGAGCUGAUGGGGAACCCGUCCGCCUGUCACGGAUCUUCACGUGUUUUGACAACGACUGCAUGGAGAAGAAGGCCAAGCUGUUCCUCAUACAGGCCUGCCGGGGAGACGGUCUGGAUGACGGCGUGGAGGUGGAUUCGGCCGCUGAGACCGGCGCAGAGUGCAGCCUUUCGCAGCCUCUCUCAGUUCCUGUAGACACAGCUGUGAUGUACGCCACAGCACCAGGUUACGGAGCUUUCACGGGCCCCCUCGGCUCGGUCUUCCUCCAGACCUUCUGCACUUUAUUGCAGGAGGAAGGCGGUUGGAAGCUGGAGCUGACUCGCCUGAUGACCCGCCUCUCCCACAGAGUGGCCUACACCUUCCAGGCCAAAGGCGGCGUCCUGGCCGGGAAGAAACAGAUGCCGUGCCUGCUGACACGACUGACCAGAGACGUGUUCCCGUUCGUCGAGCCGGGGAAGGCCGGCGGGGGGGCGGGGCUCUCGGCCACGUCCCUGGUCUGCUGACGUGUUGUGCUGGUGUUGUACAGAACUGUGAUUAGACUGUAACAUGUCCACGUGAGAAAUGUUCUUUAUUUAUUCCUGCAUUUGUUAUUAAAGACAGAGCGUCAAAAAAUG